AUGUCGACUGGAAUAAGUUUACCAAACUCACAGCUCUUACUUCUUAUGCUGUUAACAGUACCGGCAUCAAGAUCAGAAAAAAAUGUCGCCUUGACAGGAACAGCGACUCAAUCGGCAGACCAAGACUCUAGCUGGACGGCAGAUAAAGCCAUAGACGACUGCACUAGUAAUAAUAUACCAUCUGAUUGUUGUGCUCACACCAAAGUGAAGGGUGCUAAAAAAGCCUGGUGGCGGGUAGAUUUAGGAGAACCGAGAACAAUCCAGUACAUCACGAUACACAACAGACAAAAUGCAAAGGGUCGAUUUGCCGGAUACCAACUGUUCCUAUCAAAUACAACAAAUUACCAGCAGGGCAUUAUUUGUUACAAGGAUAACAGUAUUGAGGUAGCAGAUUUACAAAUGGACCCGACACAUCAAUGUCCAUACGUAGCGCAGUAUGUAACCAUUUACAACCACAGAGACGACACAAACCGACCGUCCUGGUACGAUGAUUAUGCUGUGCUAGAAUUAUGUGAAGUUCAAGUCUUCGGAUGUACUUCAGGAAAAUAUGGAAAUGGCAAUUGUGACAAUACCUGUCCCCAAAAAUGCUUUGGAGGAAACUGUGACGCUAUCAAGGGACACUGCUUCUAUUGUUUUGCUGGUCGGUUUGGUGAUGGUUGUGAUCAGCAUUGCUCAAAUAAUUGUUCCAGCGCAUGCGAGAAAGAUUCGGGUCACUGUUUGGGAUGUAUCCCUGGUAAAAGAGGCGAACUGUGUAAUAACAGAUGUCCGUCAACUUGUGUGACCUGUCAUCAGAAGUCUGAACAAUGUUUUGAAUGUGUACAUGGUAAAUACGGAAACCUGUGUGAACUUGAUUGUUCUGAAAACUGUAAAAACAAAUCAUGCGGAAAGGACAGCGGUCACUGUUUAGAAUGCAUUCUCGGUAAAAGAGGUGACUUGUGUGACACCAGCUGUCCUAUAAAUUGUGUGACAUGUGACCAGACUUCCCCAGAGUGUUUUGGAUGCAUUCAUGGGAAGUACGGCCAAGAUUGUACACUGGAUUGUUUGGGUAUAUGCAAAAACAACGCAUGUCAGCAGAGUGGAGGAGAAUGUACAGCCUGUCCCCCGGGAAAGUAUGGCUCGCUGUGUAACAAGAAUUGUUCUACAAACUGCUUCGAAUGCGAUUUCAGCAGUGGAGCUUGUGAUGGUAUGUUCCUUGAUUAA